AUGGUGGCUUCCCUUUUUGCGGCAAGAGAAUUGGUUCUUCUUACCAAUGUGUAUGUGCCUAUUGAGCUACAUGGAAAGCAACUCAUGUGGUCCAAUAUCUGCUUAGUCCAUAAUAUGGUUCCUUAUUACCCUUGGAUUAUUGUGGGUGAUUUCAAUGCUAUUAUUGAGCUUGCUAAGAAACGGGGUGGCACGACAAGGCUAGAACCCUCUGCGAUGCUGCUUCAAGAUAACAUUUAUGUGUUGAAUCUUGUUGAUAUCAAGCCCAUCAAUGGGAAAUUUACAUGGAAUAAUAGGAGAGUGGGGGAUAGUUGUAUAGCUAAAAUACUGGAUCAUUUCUUGGUUUCUUGCUUUUGGGUUGGCGGUAUGUGGUCUUCUUGUUCUAAGAUUUUGAAUUGGAGGGGUUUAGACCAUUCGUCUAUUAAGCUCUCUAUUUCUUCUACUCGGAUACCACAGACUCCUCCCUUCAAGUUUCAACUUAUGUGGCCACGUGAUCUUGAUCUUCACGACUAUGUUGCUCAAUGGUGGCAGUAUGGUAGACCUUCUCAUGGUACUGCAAUGUAUGUUUUUGCUAAGCUUCUUCAAUUCGUUAAGUAUCAGCUUAAGCGAUGGAAUCGGUUAUGCUUCAAAAUUUCAUGA